UACUUAAUAAAGCACGAAGAAAAGAAUAAUUAAAAUGGAAACAGGGAAUAAGGGCGUGCAGCUGGUUGGUUUCUGGGUUAGCCCAUUCGUGCAUAGGGUGAAAUGGGGAAUGAAACUGAAGGGCAUCGAGUUUGAAUACAUUGAAGAAGAUAUAUUCAACAGAAGCCCCCUUCUCUCUGAAGUUAACCCUGUCACCGGAAAAGUGCCUGUUCUUAUUCAUAAUGGAAAUCCACUGCCGGAAUCCUCUAUAAUCCUCGAGUACUUAGACGAGGUUUGGAGCCACGCCCCUUUGUUGCCAAUUGAUGCUUACCAAAGAGCUCGAUCUCGCUUCUGGGCUAAAUUUGCAGACCAAAAGGUUCUUGAAUCAGCAUGGCUUAGUAUGUGCUCAAAGGGAGAAAUUCAGGAUAAAGCAGUGAAAGAUGCGAUUGGGCAUGUUGAAACACUGGAAGAAGAGCUAGGAGGAAGGCGUUUCUUUGGAGGCGAUACGAUUGGGCACGUUGAUCUCAUGAUGGGAUUCAUCGCCUACAUGUUGCCUGUUUGGGAGGAAGUUGCCGCCUUAACAAUUUUGGAUGCAUCCAAGUUUCCGAAUUUAGCGGCGUGGAGGAGUAAUUUUGUUGAUCAUCCGGCGAUCAAGGGUGAUUUGCCAUCGAAAGAUGAGAUGUUCACUUAUUUCCAGUGGCGACGUGAGGUUCAUUUGCAGAGGAUCUAGAGCUAUUGCAUUCGGAGUAUUUAGUGAUGCUUUAUUCUUGCAUAAGAUUGUUAUUUAUGUGCAAUUAAAAUAAAUAAAUUACGUACUAGUACUAGUUUUUGGAAUAAUGUACCUGCUGGUUAUGUCGAAUACAAUAUAGAGAAAUUGGUUUUUCUCAA